AUGACCCCAGACACGAAGAAUAAGAGGGUUCGAAGAAACAGGGUCGAGGCAAAAAUUGUUGAAACACCAAAGAAUCAACAACAGUCUGAUUCGGAUUUCGAUAUUCAUGACGAGGAAGAAUCAAAUUCGAGUGAAGAAUGGGAGUUGCUCAUACCUAAUCCGAAGCCCAUGCAUAUCAAAAUUAUUAAUUCCAAUGACAACAGCAAGGCUGAUUGCGCGAUAAAUGACAUUAAAAAUUCGUUGACUGAGGGGCAGCUGGACAUGUUCAAGAAAACUGUGUUUGGCAAAUUCCUAAACAUACCUCACUGUAAAUUUCAGACUCAGUUGGUCAACAUGCUAUUGUUACGUGAGGUAAACCAGCGGAGGUCUGACGAGGUUUGGAUCAAUUUUGCUGGGAAGGUGCUCCGGUUUGGCAUUGAAGAGUUUGCCUUGAUUUCCGGAAUGAAAUGCAUUGGGUCUACCAAGAAACUAUCCGUCCAACAGGUGUCUGAUGGUCUCUUUGAUACAUACUUUGCUGGGUUUCGAUUGAGCAGGAACUACAUACGGAGUCAAUUUCUCUCCAAGGUAUGGAAGAAUGACGAGGAUGCAGUCAAGCUUGCAAAACUGCACCUUCUAGCAAAUUUUUUACUGGGUGCCCAGGACACGUUGUUGCUUGAUAGACGAUAUUUGGACAUAAUUGAUAGCUCCGAGUGUGAUGAAUUUCCAUGGGGGACAGAGGUGUUUGAAUACACUAUCCAUUAUCUGAAGAAGACGUUGCACAAUCGUCGGGCGAUGCAUACGAGAAAAGACGAUGUGAAUGACUAUCUUUUCAGAUGCUAUGGAUUCAUCCUAGCACUACAGAUUUGGUUUUUUGAGAUUUGUGACACAGCUGAUGGGCUGAUUUGCUCACGCAUAGUUGGUGAAGAUAUGCCACGCAUGGUGAAGUGGGAGGUGAAAGGAUGCUACAACAGAUUAUUCAUUGACAGACAUUUCAUGAACUUGUCACAUGACAAGUUCAACAACUUGAGCCCGACAGAUUUUGAAAAAUCGAAUCUUCACCUAGAUGGGUUUUUCAAGAAAAAGAAUCAAUUUCUGUUAGACGACGACUCGUCAUCUAAUGGUCCAACGCACAUCCAAUCUGAGAUACUUAACCGAUUGGAUGAGAUGGGACAAAAACAGACAGAAAUGGCUAACGAGAUUGGAAUGCUCAAGAAUAUGUUUAUGGAGUUUUCAACGAGGAGUGCUACUGACUUUGCCAUGCUCAAACAACUGAUAUUGGGUGGAAAUCUUGGAGCCACUGUUCCAAACGAUGAAACAGGCGGUGCCACAAACAUUGAUGUUGAUACAAGUCAUCCCGAUCCAAAGAAUGAAGAUGCAGUCAACCGGUUGAAUGCUGAUGAUGUUGAUGCCCAAGUUGGACAAGAUACCGACUUGGGACAUGAUCCAAAAGGAACUGAAGAAGCAGUCUACCAGUUGAAUGCUGAUGUUGAUGUUGACAACUUCUCUCCCAUCAACACUCAAUUUCUAGCCGAAAUUGAUAGGGCUACUGAAGCAAUAACAAAAAGUCGAUCUAUCGACAAGGAAAAGAAACCUGUAGGCCAUGGUCUUUCACUUAAUGAACGCAUUGGUCUCAAAUCCGAACCAGUCAAACUGUCUCAACUAUCAUCGCAACCAUCAUUUGACGCAAUCACCAAAGAUCUACAUCCACUACAACCUUCGAGAGAUGUGCACCCUACCAAGAUGGAAAAAGGUGUUGUCGUACUUACUAAGAAUGCCAAACCCGUUGUGUUAAACCCUGUAGUAGUCGGUUUGAAGAAACGGAAUGUGGUUAAACAAUCAUGUCCAUUUAAUGUCCCGUUCUGGAAGAAUGUUUUUGAUGGUGAAACAGAAGAUUUCUUGAGGUGGCUUAGAAUGGGUCAUCUUCAGACUUUUCGAAAGAUUAGUGAACACGAGUAA